AUAGAAAAGAAUAGAAAAAAAAACAAUACAAGAACAAAGUAAAACAAACAAUAAAAAUACCAACAAACCAAAAUAACAACUCAAAACAAAAACAUGACAAUUAAUGAACCAAACCAAAGUUGACUAAAAGCUACCAAGGCGACGCGGGUGAAUAGUGAGAACUGCCUUGUCUGCCGUGCCGCGCCCUUGUAGCAGCGCAGGCGUCAUGAGGCUGUGGAGGCGGUGGAUGCAGGCGGCGGCGGUGGUGGUGGUGGUGGUGAUGCCGACGAUGCAGGUGGCGCGGCGGACGUGGCGAACAGACAGGCUGCCCAGGCUGUUCGGGAGGAGGCUGCAGCUGCGGUCCAUUGAGCCAGGCAAGUACCGGGUACAGCGCCGCCUCGUGCAGUUCCAUAACAGCUUCAGAUCCAAGGUGAAGCCCCAGGCGGCGAACAUGCUGGCAAUGAGCUGGUCUAAGGAGGUGGCGAAAGAUGCACAGCGCUGGGCAGACGCGUGUGAGCUUCUGGUACAUGAUAACGCCACAGGACGCACCGUGGAUGCCUUCGGGCCUUGCGGGCAGAACAUAUUCGUGGCCACGCAGCAAGUCCCGUGGUAUUUCGCCGUGAAGACGUGGUGGCUGGAGAAGGAGCAUUUCACGUACGGCGGCAGCAACGAUCUCAAGCUGGUGGGGCACUACACGCAGCUGGUGUGGCACUCCUCGCACCAACUGGGCUGCGGCCUGGCCCACUGCGCCCACGCCAAGCCGCUGCCUUUCUUCAACUACGUGUGUAACUAUUGCCCCAUCGGUAACUUCUUAGAGCGCAUUGGACACCCUUACGACUCUGGUCCUCCCUGCAGUGGUUGCCAGGGACACUGUAAAGGGCGGCGUCUGUGCACUAACUCCUGCCCCUACGGUGACCUGUGGAUGAACUGCCGGGAGCUCCAGAGAUCCUUCCCGCCCUGGCUGUGCAACUCUAAGACCAAGGAGGGCCUGGAGCGCCUCAGAAGCUGCAGAGCCACGUGCAUGUGCAAGGGGAAGAUUACAUACCCGUGACGUGAUGUGAGUGGGACGAAAGGACUGUUUGUUGAGUGUGUGUGGGGUCAGUGGUGGUGGUGUUUGGGUAGUAGAGGUAGUUAGUUGUAGUGGUGGUGUGUGUGUGUGUGUGUGUGUGUGUGUGUGUGUGUGUGUUAGGGGGUAGAAGCGUUUUUCCUUUUCUUUUUAUUAAUGUAUUGUAAUGUUUUGAUAGUAAGUUUGAGUGCAUUAUAUUAGUUUUUGUUUUUGUAAGGGUUUAUAGUGCUAAUGUACUUUUUUUAAUGUAGGACAAGGAUAGGCAUAGGUAAACAAAAUAAAGUCCACUAGAAUGCCAAUCCCUGGAAGAAAGGUUAAACGGUAUAGUUCAAUAAAUAGU